UGUCAUCACCAGCUACUGUUCCGUCGGCGCGUCGCACGGAUGUGACGUCAUCUCGGGUUCUCUCUAUCCUGGCACACAGAGCAGUGUGGAGGCCUAGUCGCCGGCCACAGACAUGGGAAAAAAGGGAAAGAAGGAGAAGAAGGUGAAGGGGGCAGAGAAGACAGCUGCUAAGAUGGAAAAGAAAGUUUCCAAGAGGUCCAAAAAGGAUGAGGAGGAUCUGGAAGCUUUGAUAGCGGAAUUCCAGUCUCUGGACGCGAAGAAGACACAAGUCAUAGAGACGCCAUGUCCUGCGCCCAGUCCAAGGUUAAACUCCUCUCUGACACCCCACCCAGAGCGGGAUGAGCUCAUUCUCUUUGGAGGUGAAUAUUUCAAUGGCCAAAAAACUUUCCUAUACAAUGAGCUGUACAUAUAUAAUAUUAGGAAGGACAGCUGGUGUAAGCUUGACAUCCCGAACCCUCCUCCACGGCGGUGUGCACAUCAGGCCGUGGCCGUACCCCAGGCAGGCGGGCAGCUGUGGGUCUUCGGAGGAGAGUUUGCGUCGCCCGACGGGGAGCAGUUUUACCACUACAAAGAUCUCUGGGUGCUUCAUCUCUCUACUAAAACCUGGGAACAGAUCAAAGCUACAGGCGGUCCAUCAGGAAGAAGUGGACACCGCAUGGUAUACACAAAGAGACAGCUGAUGGUCUUUGGAGGAUUUCAUGAGAGCACACGAGAUUACAUUUAUUACAAUGACGUGUACACAUUCAACUUGGACUCCUUCGCAUGGAACAAGGUCUCGCCGUCUGGUACUGGCCCUUUGCCACGAUCCGGUUGCCAGAUGACCACCACCCAGGAUGGUAGCAUCAUCAUCUAUGGUGGUUAUUCAAAGCAGAGAAUAAAGAAGGACGUGGAUAAAGGCACGGUGCACACAGACAUGUUCUUACUGAAGGUGGAGGGUGCAGACAAAUGGUUGUGGUCCAGGCUGAACCCGUCCGGUGUAAAGCCCACCCCCAGGACUGGCUUUUCCAUGGCUGUCGGGCCCAACAACCGCAGUGUCCUGUUUGGAGGGGUCUAUGAUGAGGAAGAAGAGGAAAGCAUUGAAGGAGACUUCUUUAACGAUAUCUACUUCUAUGACCAGGGGAAGAAUCGGUGGUUCACCGGCCAGAUUAAGAGAGCUAAAUCGGAGCGCAAAAGGAGGCGGCGUGCGGACAGGAAUGUGGAGGCUGAACCAUCUGGGAGCGACGAGGCUGGAGCGCAGAGUCCACCAGAGCCCAUUGAAGUUAUAAAGGAAAUCGUGGCUGAAGACGGGACAGUGAUGACCAUCAAACAGGUCAUCUCCAGCCAGGUGGCCUCAGCCAGUGACGAGGACGAGAGCAGCGGAGAUGAGGACCAGGAGGAAGCCACAGGGCCACAGGUGGAGCCAUGCCCACGAUCCAACUCCAUGAUAGCUGCCAAGCAAGGGAUCCUGUAUGUAUACGGGGGGAUGUUUGAAGUUGGCGACCGCCAGUUCACGUUAAAUGACCUAUACAGCCUCGAUCUGCACAAGAUGGAAGAAUGGAAAGUGCUAGUGGAAAUGGACCCAAAGACGCAAGAAUGGUUGGACGAGUCAGACUCUGAUGACAAUGAAGAGGAGGAGGCAGAAGGCGCAGAGGGAGGAGCUGAAGAGGAGGAUGAUGAAGAGGAUGAAAGUGAGGAGGACAGUGGUGAAGAGCAUCACCCGCCGGUGGAGCCCCACGAGAAGUACUCUGAUUACUUGCCCCGGACAGAGCAGUACUGGAUUCAAAUUGCCCGAAGCAACAUGGGCGCUGAAGCCAAAGAAAAGAAAGUUGUAAAAGUGGCGCACGCCAUGGCACAGACGUUUUACGAAUUUAAGGAUAAAUAGUCCGGGGCGAAGAGCAAGUGCCAUGUUCUUUGGAACUUCCGUUGCGGGAGACUCCUUACAUGCUCCAAAGGGAGAUGCCCAAACAUAAAUAUGAUAUGGAAAAUAACUGGGCCGUCUUUACGCCGCAGACCUCUUCCCCUUAUUAUCAGAGUGGAGGCAGCCAUAUCAUAGCCUAAAACAUAUUCACCAUUACCCAGAGGCAUCACUGUAACAGCAUCCUCGUUAACCCACAAAAUGGCUGCCUCCAGUGUAUGUGAGUGGCAGUUAGGCCUUAAGUGUGCUCUCAGAUUUCUUUUUGGAAACCAAAUGAAUGUGAAAUCUUUAUUGGACUCUCAAAUGAUCGGUUUAUGUUAUCGACGGUCUUUUUUUUUUUUUUUUUUGGUCCCUUUCCAGACUCCCUGAUUAAUCCCUGCAACCUCUCCAGUGGCUGUAAUAAGUACCUGACAGUGGCGUGUCUGAAUCAACGUGACUCGGCAUAAACCCUGCCUGCCUCUCCCUGCUGACGGCUGCCUCUCUGUAUUCAUGGUGUUUUGCCAGCUGCAAAAAUGUAACCCUUGCCAUGUCUCAGCAAAUUUUAUUUCGUCAUGUGACUCCUUACACUGGAGAAAAAAUAGACUGUGUACAUUUGGCAUCGUGAUGUAAAGCCAGAAUCAAAAUAAAAAAAAAAUCUUUAUUUCAGAUA